UCUUGAGCAUCGACGUUUUGGUCUGGCAAGGAACUUUCGUUUGGUGUAUCGAAACGACCAUCAAUUCAUUUGACGACUUUAAUCCCUGCGUAACCCCUACAAGGAGACUUCAAACGUAAACAAUUCAGAACCUCCACCAGAUUCAAAGAUUUAAGCGGCAAAAUGGCGUCGCAACUGCUCCCUCUGGAACUUAUCGACAAAUGUGUUGGAUCGAGGAUCUGGGUUGUCAUGAAGGGUGACAAGGAAUUCAGCGGCACGCUCCUGGGUUUCGAUGACUACGUCAACAUGGUGUUGGAGGACGUGACAGAAUUCGACUACUCUGGAAAUCACACAAAGCUUCCCAAGAUCCUGCUGAACGGCAACAACAUUUGCAUGCUCAUUCCUGGAGGAGAGGGUCCGGUGACCGCAUGAAGAAGUUUGGACGAGGGACAAAUUUGAGCAGAAGCAGCCGCUCCUCAAGAUCAUAGAUAGACUAGGUUCAUGAUUUCUGUAACCCAAGGGAUCGCAUGACGGAGGCACCAGGGUUGGUACGAGCAAUGCCACAACAGCUGAAGGCGUUGACUCGUUACCCGAGGGUAAAGCAAGAAAGAGGGCCUCUGGGGACUGGGCAUGAACAUCAAAAGUGUCACGUAGAGAGGCUUUCAAAGCAUCGCGAAAUUGACGACG